ACCGGAUGUUGUCAUUGGGGAACUAGGGCGGCCAUGUUGGCAGUCGUUCGUUUGAAGUAUAGUGGUAUUCUUUUAUUAUUGGAUUAGCAGCCCUUGUUAAGUGAUCUGUAUCCCUUUAUGUGAUUUCUUUAAACGUGUACUUAAUUGGAAAAAUGAUUUAUCAGAAACAACACUGGAGACCCUAAAAGACUUACUCUGCUAUAUUUUGACCCGGUGGGCAGCCGGCCGGGGUUUCCUGUUGUGACGUAACUGAGAGAAGGACUGGAGCGCUGGGUCCUUCACCUCGGGAAGUGAACGCUUCCAUGCAGUUUGGAACCUUUUGCAAUAAGAAAACCCGCCGACGGACGGGAUAUUUUUUCGCCGUAGUGCACUAUGUGGUAAACAGUGGAGUGACGGUACUUGUCACCUUGGAGUAAAGGAAUCUGUGAGUCUCGGAGAAACACUUACUUGUAUCAGGACGUUUCGUGGGAGCUUUAACUGUCUGCAGGUGGUUCUGAAAGUGCACGAAAGGGAUACUUCGUGUUCGUCUAAUCUGGGACGGGAGAAAAUCAGUUUUCCUCUGGAAAAGUUAUUUUCACUGAAAAUUGUUAUUGCAUUUUGUUUGCACAUGCCGUUUUUUGUGGAUUGUGGGGUUUAAAACUGUGUUUUCAGUCAGUUUUAUUGCUGUCACGAAGAGUGACAGUUCUCCCGCAGGCGGAUGGACGCCAGCUUUCUCUUACUGAUGGCUGUAACCGAUUGAAACGAUCCAAGUCAAUCAUUAACCGGAGAAUAAAUGCCGAGUUCGGAGACGGGUUUGGGCGGCAGGAGUCGGAGCCCCUCUGACAAGAAGAAACCCCGGUCGGAGAGAAAGAGAUCGCCAACCUCUGCAGCUGCUGGCACUGCAGACGGUGGACAGGACCAGAAAGCUAAAGAGAGACGGAGUUCUUCUCAUCAUCGGCGGCACAAGCGCCGAAAAUUAGAACCGUUGGGUAGUGAGAGACGUUCUAUCUACGAAAAAGACGGGGAGAUUACUACUUUAGUUGAGUACGAUGAUGUGAGUUCUCAGUCUGAAGCGUUUUCCUGUAGUUCUUCCCCUCAUCCCGAUGAGCGUGUUUCACAACACUUAAGUGUGCAAGAAAAACACAGCGGGUCUAAAUCAGAAAAAGAUCAUUCUCGCAGUAAUUCUAAGGAUAUAAGUAAAGAGAGAGAUCAUAAACAGAGGGACACUCACCAGGAAAGUUCAAAGUCCAGGAGCAGUGGUAAACACAGCUCGAAGAAAUCUGGCAGUGACAACAGUGACCGGAAUGUUAAGGGGUCGUCAUCUAAGAGAGAAGCUAAGUCACAAAAAAGCAAAUCAAAACCAGAAAGGGACUCUUGUUCAGCCCCCAGGGAGCCUCCUAAAGCUUAUAGGGAAGAACGAGAAGAAGCCAAGCUUUUUAGAAGCAGACAGACUUUGAGUCCUGUUUUUCGAGAUGACGUAUUUGGACCCCCUUUUAGCCCAGCGUUUGGUCCUCCUAGCCUUCUGUACCCAACUCCAUUAAUGUUUAAUCAUUUCAGGGGCAGCCCGAGUUAUAGUGCUGCUCCACCUCUUUAUGCAAGUAGAGACCCCAGAGACCCGGCUUUUUUUGGUCUGUACAAUAUGGUGAGGUCGCCUAGUCCUUUUUCUAGAAGGCUAAGAUCUCCAAGCCCAUAUAACAGACGAGGAUCCCCAAGUUUUAGCAGGCACAGCUCUUACGAGUGUGGAGAACUGUCACCUGGGCCAUACGUAAGGCGCAAGUCAAAAAGCCCUACUCCUGAGUCCAGGCGACCAACAAAGUCCAGGAGCAAAAGUCCACACAGCCGAAGGCCUUCACGUUCGCAUAGUAAGCAUCGCAAGUCAAGGUCCCGCAGUCGUCACACAAGUAUUUCUCCUAGCACAUUAACUCUAAAGAGCAGUCUUGCUGCAGAGCUUAGCAAAAAUAAAAAAGCACGUGCUGCUGAGGCUGCCAAAACUAAUACAAAGGUUUCUGAUUCUUCUGUCGCUGGCAAAGGAAGCAGUAGCACUAGCAACAUCCCUCAUGUGAACAAUAUGAAAGAUUCAAAGAAAGUUAAACAGGAACAUACACCACCUUCUGACAGUGGGACUGUGAAAAACGAUAGAACAAAAGUAAAGGCACCUUCUCAGGAAACAAAUGCUAGCAGUGAUACUCAAGUACAAAAGAAUGCCAAGCAAACAGUUGCAGGUGUGAAGGACAGUAAAACUGUUGCUGUAAAGCAGGAGUCACUAACACUAAAAGAGAAAAGCAAACAAACUGUGUCAAACAGUGGGGUGAAGGAUAGGGAUAAGCAGCCCCAGGCAACCACAGCUGCCACUUUGCCACCAUUUCCUCUUCCACCUCGGUUAGCUGAAGGUCAGAAUACAGAAAACCUUCAAGAUGGACACGAUCUGUUACCCGCAGCUUCGACAAGAGGACACAUGCAACACGGAUCAAGCACAGACAUGACUCAGCUCUGCAGCCUUCUCCUGUGUGUCUUGAGAGAUGGUCUUCCCCAGAAAUCCAUCAAAAAAGAGGCAGAGAAAAAAUCUCGCCAGUCGGUAAAAGAUUUACAGAUACCUCCUGAGUUACCUGGAGGAGAUACUUCUUCAGAAAGUCCAGAAGAGAAGAAAACCCCUACUCAACCAUAUUAUCAAAAAAGACCUAAAAUGUGCGGUCCUCGAUGUAGCGAGAUAAAAGAGAAAGAAAUUGAUUGGGGAAAGCGCUGUGUCGACAAGUUUGACAUAAUUGGAAUUAUUGGAGAAGGCACUUAUGGUCAAGUCUACAAAGCCAAGGAUAAAGAUACAGGUGAAAUGGUGGCUUUAAAAAAAGUACGCUUGGAUAAUGAAAAGGAAGGAUUUCCAAUUACAGCCAUUCGUGAAAUCAAAAUACUGCGGCAGCUGAACCACAGCAGCAUUAUAAACAUGAAAGAAAUUGUAACAGACAAACAAGAUGCUUUGGAUUUCAAAAAAGAUAAGGGUGCAUUUUACUUGGUGUUUGAAUACAUGGACCACGAUUUGAUGGGGCUACUAGAAUCUGGUUUAGUACAUUUUAAUGAAAAUCACAUAAAGUCCUUCAUGAAACAGCUAAUGGAAGGUUUGGACUACUGUCACAAGAAGAACUUUUUGCACAGAGAUAUCAAGUGCUCCAACAUCUUGCUCAAUAACAAGGGUGAAAUUAAGCUUGCAGACUUUGGUCUUGCCAGGUUAUACAGCUCUGAAGAGAGUCGUCCAUAUACAAACAAAGUCAUUACAUUGUGGUACCGUCCUCCUGAACUGUUGCUUGGGGAAGAAAGAUAUACAACUGCAGUAGACGUAUGGAGCUGUGGCUGUAUCCUUGGAGAGCUUUUCACAAAAAAACCCAUCUUUCAAGCAAAUCAAGAACAUCUUCAGUUAGAACUGAUCAGCCGUAUGUGUGGAAGCCCAUGCCCUGCAGUCUGGCCAGAUGUCAUAAAACUAGCAUACUUCAACACAAUGAAACCAAAGAAGCAAUAUCGACGGAAAAUUAGAGAAGAGUUUGCUUUUCUUCCCUCUGCUGCAUUAGAUUUAUUUGACCACAUGUUAACCUUGGAUCCCAGUAAACGCUGCACUGCAGAACAGGCCCUUCAGAGUGAAUUUCUUCGGGAUGUGGAUCCUUCUAAAAUGCCUACACCUGACCUUCCACAUUGGCAGGAUUGUCAUGAGUUAUGGAGCAAAAAACGUAGACGGCAGAAGCAGAUGGGAAUAGUUGAUGAAGUUACAGCACCAAAAAUUCCCAGAAAAGACUUCCCUUCAAGUAUGGAGGAUAGUAGAAACAACACACCUCAAGGCAUUCAGCCUUCACAAAUUAAACCUCAGGUCAAUUCAAAUUCCACAGUAGGUAAACAGUCCAUUGGGCCACCUCUAAACCAAAGCCAGUUGGCAAUCCUAUUAAACCUUCUACAGUCAAAGACCAGUGUUAGUUUGGCACAUUUUGCUCAAGUUCUGAACAUUAAAGUGAAUCCAGAGACACAGCAGCAGCUGAGCAAAAUGACACUUCCAGCUGGAAUAUUGGCAGCUAAUGAUAAACAGUUAGGACCAAAAAUGCUCUUGAAACAGCCAGCAGUAACCCCUCGUUUACUGCCACCAGCAGUGGCUCAGCGUUCUCUUCCACCAGCAGUAACACAGCGUCCUUUGCCUUCAGCAGUACCCCAGCCACCAACACAAGUCAAUCCUAAACCUGAAGCAGGAACUCCAUCACCAGCUUUGCAAAGUGCAUUUACUGCUCUUUUGUCUCAGCUACUGAAAAUUCAGCAGGCACAGAAGAAGAAGUUGGUUACAGAAAAGACAGAAAGCACCACAGACUCUAAAGCACCACCGCAGUCCUUGGAACCUCCAAAGAAUGAGAUGGCUGCUCCAUGUCAAAAGAGUUCUGCUAGUGAAUCACAAGAGAACAACAACCCAGAGCAAUCCAGUGUUGAGGAACCGCGUGCUAUCUUGCCUCCUGACCAGAGACCACCUGAGCCCCCAGAGCCACCACCUGCUGUGUCUGAAGACCUAGACUAUAGAACUGAGAACCAGUGUUCUGGUGACUCUUCUGUGCUAGAUCCCCAUGAAGAAGUAAAAGCUGCCCUUCUAAAUUUGCUAGCCCAGCAUCAAGCCCAGGAGCAAGGAAGUAGCAGUGCUGAUUGUCCCAGUGAUGGCACUUGCACAACUCUUCAGGAAAACAAUGAUGGUUUUGCUUUAUCUUCCACCAGUUACACUAAUGAUGGAUAUGGCAGUGGACCUCCUAAUGCUGGUGGAGAAAGGAGAAGUUACAUUGGAAGCACAGAUGUCCCGUCAGUUGAUAACUACAGUACUACUUCAUCUCAGAGUGCGAGUACAGCACCCCUCUCGGGACUUACAGAAUCUUUUCCUAGCAUGGUAACUGCAUAUGGAGGUAGUACGUUCCUUAACACUGAUACUGUACUAUUUAGCGGUGACAAAGACCAUAGAUUUGAAUAUAUGCAAGGUCCAAUAGCAGUUCUAGGCAACACUUGUGACUCUGCUGUUGGUUCAGAAAGUACUCAUUCUUUGCCAGCAAAGAGGCUUAACUAUAACUAUGGUAGCAGUCUGCCAGAAAAUCUUUGUGCAGGUGGUUCCAUCCAUGGACAAACUUGGGACUCUCCUGCACAAGGUUCAAGAUUCUCCCAGGUUUAUAGAGGACACAUUGACACAUCAUUAACUGGAGGAAGAGGAUUACCAUAUUGAAAACGUUUUUUUCCUCAGGCUUAUUUUUGGAAAGAGGACUUUUUUUUGGUUACAUUACAGCUGUAUUUUCCCAGCAACUGUCUUUCAUACUUGUACAUCAUUAGUUCAGCUAGAACCACUUAUUUUCUCCAUUUCCCCCAGGUCGUUGCUACUGUUGGUUUAAACAGUUUUAAAGUGUACAUUUUCAUUUGUACAAAUCAAAUUAUACAGUUUGUAACUAAUAUUUCUAAAGCGGAAAUUGAAUUUUAAGUAAAUCAUCUUUUCUUGGCAGUCUUGCAGAACUUUUCCACUACAGCAAAAGUUAAAUAUUUUGUUCCAUUUAUAAAUGCACACAUUUGGACCAAGAUACUCAGAAAAUAGCAAUGUUUUACAAGAAAAAAAGGCCUGGCAGGCCCCAUGAUUAAUUUGGUAUUUUCUUUAUACAAAACUACUUUUUUCUGAAGAUAACAGUAAGUUUUGACACUGCUUUAAGUGUUAUUGUGAAAGUUAUAUAUAUAAUUUCUGCUUGUUUCAGAAAAAAAAAAAUAAAUGCCAGACUUCAUUAUUUAUAACAAGAAAAUUUAA